AUGGGAGGAAGACAAAGGGCAGAAAAUCAAAUGGAGGUUUUUAGAGAGGCCUUGGUGAAAAAUGAGUUAUUUGACUUGGGCUGGGUAGGUGAUAAAUACACUUGGAGUAAUAAGCAUGAAGAUAAUUCUUUUACAAAUGAGAGGUUAGAUAGAAUGGUGGUUAAUUCUAGGUGGUCAAAUCUGUUCAAGAAUGCUGAAGUAGAAGUCAUGCAAGCUAGAAGUUCUGAUCCCAAGCCAAUUGUAUUAAUUGUCAAAGAAGAAGAUAUGGGAAAGAGAAGAAGAAGGUGGUUAUUCAAAUAUGAAGCCAAGUGGUCUUUAGAGGAGGAAGGUGGGGCAGUGGUGCAGGAGACUUGGAGAAGGGUUGCUGCUGAUUCAAAUAAAUUCAAAGUAGUGGAGAAAAAGCUUCAGUGGUGCAAUAGGGCACUAUCUCGAUGGGAUUCAUGUAGGAAGAAAGAUGCGGAGGAAGAACUUAAGUCCAUUAAUAAGAGGCUUAAGUGGGAGCAACAGAAUGAAGGUCCUCAUAAUGUAGCUAUUAUAAAAGAUUUACAAAAGAAAUUUGGUUUGAUUCUUGAGCAGGAAGAUCUAAAAUGGAGGCAAAGAGCUAAGCAAUUGUGGCACCAGAUGGGAGAUAAGAACACUAAAUACUUUCAUGCAUGUGCUACUCAAAGAAGGAAGAGGAACUAG